AUGAAGUUAAAGAAGAAAGGCAACUCAACAGACGUCUACAGGUGGUUUUCUCAAGGCUUGCGAAUGAGGCAGGUUGAUAUGAAGACAAAUGGCAUAGCUAAAAUCUCAGCAACACUCUCAAAGAUGUCAUCCUGUGUAAGAAGAGUGUGCCGACAUGCAAUGAGGCAAUAUGAAAACAAAGCAGGACAACGCCUUGGAGGUGAAAUGGAGUUUGUUGUCAUAGAUGAGAGCAACUUCCGCCAUAAACGAAAGUAUGCUCGUGGGAGAAUAUCCAGCACCUGGAGACGCAAAACGUGGGUUUUGGGGAUGCUUGGAGUAAAAGAAAAGCAUCGAAGACCUAUUCUGAGGCUGGUCAAGAAGAGGUCCCGCCACCAUCUGAUUCCCUUAGUGGUGAAGCAUGUGAGGCCUGGGACUUUAAUGCUUAGUGAUGAGUGGAGAGCAUAUAGGGGUGCUCUCACCAACUUGGGCUACAGGCAUUUCACCGUGAAUCAUUCAAGGUGGUUUGUUGAUCCUGUUAGUGGAGCUCACACUCAGCACUUGGAGAGGGCAUGGUUAACAUACAAAUCGAUAAUUUGGCGAUUGAGGGGAAACCGAACUGCCAAGCUUUUGAAAGAGCAUCUUGCAGUUAUAGAAUGGACCUACUGGCUUGGAAACAAGCAUAAGGAAGGAUUACUUGGUCAUUUAUUAAAGGAUAUUCGGCACCAGUUUCCCUGUUAG